UAUUUCCCUCAUUUCUCAUCUCUGAAAAAAAUCUCAAAACAACAUUCUAGAAACCCCCAUUUAUAAGAAAGUCUGAUGUUGUUUUACAUUCUGAAAGAAUCAAAAAAGCUGUAGAGAGAGAUAGAAAGAGAAAGUAAAAAGAUGAGAGCAUCUUCCACUAUUUAUCAGAGUCCUAAUAAGCUUGUAUUUAGAAGUACUGUAUUAAGACAACCAUGUUUUACAGUCACAAGGACCGGAAUUUGUUUUCCACGGCAACACUUGUGUCGAGCAGAGUAUGUUGAACCUGGGGUAGAUGGGUUCAACGUCAGAACAGUACCUGCAACCCUGCUAACAGCGGAGAAAGAAGAAGCGAAGGCUGUUUUGAAUUUGUUUUUAAGAAAACAAGGGUUGAGCAAUGCAGUUGCUUCAAGGACCAUCAAUACAUCUGAGCAUUUCAUUGAGCAUCUCAUAUUAAAGCUCCAUGCUGCUCAUAAGACUCGAUAUCUAGUAGGAAGAGAGCUAAGCACGCUUGAGAUUAGGGACACACUUAUUCCUUACCUUGAAUCACUUCUCGAAGAACACGGAGAAAUUUUGGUUGAAAUGGUUGAGAACUACCCGGAUCCACCUGGCGCAGAAAAACCAAAAAUCUCGCCUACUCCUGUCAGUCCAUCUCUCAACUCCAAGAAACUUAAAGCCAUGGCUCGUGUUAGUGAGAUAGGUGCCGAUGGUCAACUUCCGCCACAAGUCCUUUAUCUCGUAGACCUAGGAUUGGAACUUGACCAGAUCAAGUUAAUGGCCCGUAAAUUCCCAGCUUUUGCUUACUACAGUUUGGAGGGGAAAAUCAAGCCUGUUGUUGAAUUUCUCCUUGAUCUCGGGGUAAAACGAACAGAUAUCCCAACCAUUCUUAACAAAAGGCCACAGUUGUGUGGGAUCAGUCUCUCUGAGAACUUAAUACCUACAAUGAUAUUUUUAGAGAACUUGGGUGUGGAUAAGAAACAAUGGGCAAAGGUUAUUUACAGGUUCCCAGCAUUGCUCACAUACAGCAGACAGAAGGUCAAAGCAACUGUAGAAUUCCUCUAUGAGUUGGGUCUCACAGCAGAAAACAUCGGGAAGAUACUCACACGUUGCCCGCACAUUAUAAGUUAUAGCGUAGAAGAUAAUCUUCGUCCUACUGCUGAGUACUUCCAGUCUAUGGGUGUUGACGUUGCUGUCCUUGUGUACAGAGCGCCACAGACUUUUGGUCUAAGUAUUGAGGCAAACUUGAAGCCCUUAACAGAGUUUUUCUUGGGGAAGGGAUACACUAUGGCGGAGAUAGGAACCAUGGCUUCGAGAUAUGGAGCUCUGUACACUUUUAGCUUGGAGGAAAACAUAGUACCCAAGUGGGAGUACUUUUUAACAAUGGGAUAUCAGAAGUCGGAGCUGGUAAAAUUUCCUCAGUUCUUUGGCUACAGCUUAGAAGAGAGGAUUAAACCAAGAUAUGCACAAGUGAAGGGAAGCGGUGCGAAGUUGUUACUGAACCAGAUAUUAUCUGUUUCUGAAGCUGAUUUUAACAAAGUUUUGAAGAAGAGAGUGAAGAAAAUGCUUGAUGAUCAAGAGGAGGCAGCAUCACCGUCAUCCACGUAAAACUCAGAAAACAACGACGUCGAUCUUGGUUCAAGCAUGGAAGAGUUGAAGCUGUAGUUUUUUUGUAGAUAUUAUUAGUAGUUACAUUCUUUUGAUGAAUCAAAAUGGGUUGAAAUGGAUGAAUACUGAUCAAGAAAAACAACAAAAACCCUACUUUCAUUGAAAUAGUGUCCCUUGAACAAGAAACUCCACUGAAUACCUUCAACGUAUAAUUACUAGGGAAUGACACGUGCCAAAAUGGUACGGGCUAUAUCACAGUGUAAUCAGCAUUGACCGUCU